UCUAUUCUCUCCUAGCCCCGAAUACACAUGCCCAAAGACGGAUUCCAACUUACAUCUUCUGGAUACCAAGCAUGGCUAAAGCAGUGCUCUAUGCCCAGAUCUCUGUGGCUGGGCUGCUCCAGCCUGGCGGACAGCAUGCCCUCGCUGCGAUGCCUGUAUAACCCAGGGACUGGCGCACUCACAGCUUUCCAGAAUUCCUCUGAGAGAGAAGACUGUAGUAAUGACGAGCCCCCUAGGAAGAUCAUUCCAGAGAAGAAUUCACUUAGACAGGCCUCAGCAGAAGGGUCUAUUCAUCCCGUAUCAAAUGUACAGCCACCAGAAGUUGGGGUUGUGACUAGGAGAGCAGCCAGCCACAGAAUCCGGGGCCCUUGGGCUCUGGUGGACCUGGCAGCUGGUGGCAAGAGGACCUACAACAGCUGUGCCAGACUGUGCUUAAACCAGGAAACCGUGUGUCUAGGAAGCACCGCAAUGAAGACGGAAAACUGCGUGGCCAAAACAAAACUUGCCAAUGGCACUUCCAGUAUGAUUGUGCCCAAGCAAAGGAAGCUGUCCGCGAGCUAUGAGAAGGAGAAGGAGCUCUGUGUCAAGUAUUUUGAGCAGUGGUCUGAGUCCGACCAGGUGGAGUUUGUGGAGCAUCUCAUCUCGCAGAUGUGUCAUUACCAACAUGGACAUAUCAACUCGUACCUCAAGCCCAUGUUACAGAGGGACUUCAUCACAGCGCUACCAGCUCGGGGAUUGGAUCACAUCGCCGAGAACAUCCUGUCGUACCUGGAUGCCAAGUCGUUAUGUGCCGCCGAGCUGGUGUGUAAGGAGUGGUACCGAGUGACAUCCGACGGCAUGCUGUGGAAGAAGCUUAUCGAGCGAAUGGUCAGGACGGACUCGCUAUGGAGGGGGUUGGCGGAGAGGAGAGGAUGGGGACAGUAUCUAUUUAAAAACAAGCCUCCCGAUGGCAAUGCCCCACCCAACUCCUUCUAUAGAGCACUUUAUCCCAAAAUUAUACAGGACAUAGAGACGAUCGAGUCCAACUGGCGGUGCGGAAGGCACAGUUUACAGAGAAUCCACUGUCGGAGCGAAACCAGUAAAGGGGUUUAUUGUUUACAGUACGACGAUCAGAAGAUAGUCAGUGGCCUCCGUGACAAUACCAUCAAGAUCUGGGAUAAGAAUACGCUGGAAUGCAAGCGCAUCCUGACCGGACACACGGGUUCUGUGCUGUGCCUGCAGUAUGAUGAGCGGGUGAUCAUUACUGGCUCCUCGGACUCGACCGUCAGGGUAUGGGAUGUCAAUACAGGCGAGAUGCUGAACACACUGAUUCACCACUGCGAAGCAGUGCUGCACCUGCGCUUCAACAACGGCAUGAUGGUGACGUGCUCCAAAGACCGGUCCAUCGCCGUCUGGGAUAUGGCGUCUCCAACAGACAUUACCCUGAGAAGGGUCCUGGUCGGACACAGGGCCGCCGUCAAUGUAGUGGACUUCGAUGACAAGUAUAUUGUAUCAGCGUCGGGUGAUAGGACUAUAAAGGUCUGGAACACGAGUACCUGCGAAUUUGUGCGCACCUUAAAUGGACACAAACGAGGCAUCGCGUGCCUGCAAUACAGAGACCGGCUAGUGGUGAGCGGCUCCUCCGAUAACACCAUCAGGUUGUGGGAUAUCGAGUGUGGGGCAUGCUUACGAGUCCUGGAAGGCCACGAGGAGCUGGUGAGAUGCAUACGCUUCGAUAACAAGAGGAUAGUCAGCGGAGCGUACGACGGGAAAAUUAAAGUGUGGGACCUCGUGGCUGCCCUGGACCCUCGCGCCCCAGCAGGGACUCUCUGUCUGCGAACCCUCGUGGAGCAUUCUGGGAGAGUCUUUCGCCUCCAGUUUGACGAGUUCCAGAUCGUCAGCAGCUCGCACGACGACACGAUCCUCAUCUGGGACUUCCUGAAUGACCCGGCUGCCCAAGCAGAGUCGACCCGCUCCCCCUCCAGAACAUACACCUACAUCUCCAGAUAAAUAACGCUACACCGUACCUCACACUUGCACAGGACUCAUUUAAGCUGCAGUAUUUAAAUUAUCUGCCAAUGCCAGGACAAACGAACUCUCCACGUAAUGAAUCCUUGCUGAAGAAAGAGGCUCUCAGACUCGUUUCUGGAACAAAGUUGGCGUGCGGUCGAUCUCAGACAGGGUCUGCUCAGCGCGGCCGACUGCUAAAGUGCUGCUAUAUCAGAAGACAUCUUUUAUCUUUCAUGAACGAUUAACAUUUUUAAACCUCCCCUCUUCUUUCUCCCUUUUCCCCCCACCUCCCGCUUUUCCCUCUCUAGAUGCAGGCACAGAUGUCCUAUAAAAAUAUUUAAGGUGUUGCCAGUCUUCGUUGCUUUGCUCUUAAGCAGAAGAAUCAUUGUCACUGGGCACCGUGCAGAGAGAGUCGCUGCCGGGUCAGGAGGCUGGGGAAGGGGCUGCUGCUUGGAGAUAUAAUUAGGUAUCAUUGUCAGUCUUUGAUAAGAGCAUCUCGCACCUGACCCCGAAGAGCAACUAAAGUGAUGCCUGAGAGGAGACCCGAGUCCCCGCUGCAUUUGGCUGUGGCUGCCUGCGGAUCUGUCUGGGUGGAGAGAGCAGGUGCCUGAAAUACACCCCCUUUGAUGAACCACAUCAGGAUUUUUCCUUCCGCUCUCACCCGUCUCUCGAACCUGAGGAGGCUGCAUGUGUGUUACGAGCUUCCUCUGUGUAUCAUGUGGCCGGCGCCCUGCAGAACGGCCGGCAAAGCCUGCCCAAGUCUGGAGCACUCUUCCUGGGAGGGUUGGUGGGGGGCAUGCAGUUCCUAGGCAUGGGGAGAUGAGCUGAGGGCAGUAUUUCACCGGUGGAGGCAUGGUCUGUACCCUAGCACAGGCUUGGUUCGCUUUGAACUUCCACGGGUUGUACCCCAAAGGCAGCGCUGUAUGCGUGGCUUGUAACUUGUUCUGUUAUUCAGGGAGAUGCUUGAGGCUGCAGCCAGGACCAGAGGCUGGCACCUUCCCAAGCUCUCCAUGCACCCCCUCUCCCCACUGCUUUCACCACCGGGUCUUAGAGGAGCUGGCCCCAUCCUGCAUGCGGUGGUGCGCUCUCUGCACGUGCAGCGCGGCUGGCUGGGUUUGGACAGGGGCCAAUGGUAGCAAUGCCGCCAGCCGGCAAAGGCAGGUGGGUGCAUUUUCUCAUCGGCUUAUACAGGGGCAUGGCCUGCCUUUGCCGCCUAGCCGCACAAACCCCUAGCCAGCACAGCACGCACCCUCAGCCUUUCACCCACCUGGCAUUGCGGUGUUAGGAGCAAGGGAUAAUUGACAGCAGGACCAACUCCAGCUGAGACCUGUGAGAAUCAAAAUGCCUCUGAUGCGAUGGGCACGCAGCGAUUCUCCACGUCUCAGGGGCCGGUGCAGCCGGAGGGUGCCACGCUUUCCCCCACCGCAGCCGGGAAAGGAAUCGCAGAGGGUCCCAUGCUUGGAUCAGGAAAGAUUAAACAGAAAUAAUCUCCACAGUCAUCCCGGCCGUGGCGAAGGAGCUGACAGAUUACCCGGGAGCAGUUUUAGGAGGGCCAGGUCUCUCGCUGCCGGCAUGGAGCAACCCUGGCUCCCCUCACAGCCGUGAACCCGUCCUGCCAGCGCGGAGGGCAAAGGGCCCUUUGUCCUGUGGGGGUGGAGGGGAGGGAAGCAGCACCGAGCAGCAUCUGGCCCCCUCUGAGCUUGGCGCUUUGCACCUGGGAGGUUGUUAUGUGCAUGUCCUCAUCGGCCUCGCCUCGCCAGGAGUCCAGUUGCCACCGUGCUUUGGAACCGUGUUUCCACCGGUGACAUCGGGUAAGCAACUGGCCCCACAGACCCUGAAGACGCGUCCCAGUAGCCAGCACCCUUUUGGCAGCAGCCAGAAGUCUCCCAAA